CUCAGGAGUUUUUGUUGUGAGAAGUUUUUCUGAGUUUUUCUUUCAUUGAAGAGUGUUCAGCGGCCGCCGGAGCACACGUGACCCCCACACCCGGCGCAGGCACCGGGAGCUCGCUGCGCCACCGGCCGCACGGAGGAGCGCCGCCGCCGGCAUGAAGAUCGAAUUCGCCCCGCUGAACAUCCCGCUGCAGAGGAGGCUGCAGACCGCAGCCGUCCUGCAGUGGCUCUUCUCCUUCCUGCUGCUGGCUCAGUGCUGUCUGGCUGCCUUCGUCCUUCUUGCUCUCUCUGAUUGGUGGAUUUUUACCCUGCUCUAUGCCGGUUGGUUGUGGUUGGACUGGGACACGCCCACCAGCGGAGGACGGCGGUCCCACUGGGUCAGGAACUGGAAUGUCUGGCAGCACUUCAGGGACUACUUCCCUCUGAAGCUCGUCAAAACAGCUGAUCUGGAUCCAACAAAGAACUACAUCUUUGGGUUCCACCCACAUGGUGUGCUGGUGGCGGGUGGUUUUGGGAACUUCUGUACGGAGGCGACAGGUUUCUCUCGUCUGUUUCCUGGACUCAGGUCACAUCUGCUGAUGCUUCCUUUCUGGUUCAGAGUUCCUUUCUUCAGAGACUAUAUCAUGUUUGGAGGUCUGGUUUCCAGCUGUAAGUCCAGUCUGGCGCACCUCGUCAGUCGUCCAGGAGGAGGAAAUGUGGCUGUCGUUGCUGUGGGUGGAGCUCCAGAGGCUCUGGAUGCUCGACCUGGUGCAUUAACUCUGCAGGUGAAGAACAGGAAGGGCUUCAUCAAACUGGCUCUCAAACACGGGGCUCAUCUGGUUCCGGUCUUUUCUUUUGGUGAGAACGAGCUAUUUGAUCAGAUGGAGAACCCAGCUGGAUCCGCUCUGAGGAGGCUGCAGAACCGGUUGCAGAACAUCAUGGGAAUAGCAAUGCCUCUGUUUCACGCCAGAGGAGUUUUCCAGUACAACUUUGGAUUGAUGCCCUACAGGAAGCCCAUUCACACAUAUGUUGGGAAGCCCAUCCCAGUGGUCCAGACACCCAGUCCUAGCAGCGAGGACAUUGAGCGUCUACACACAGAUUACCUCCAGAGUCUGACAGAACUCUUUGAGCAGCACAAACACGUGUACGGCCUGGAUGAAGACCAGCACCUCACCUACAUCUGAUCACUGACGGGUUCUGGUCCUGGACCAGGUCACUGGCAGCUUUUAGUCUUGAAACGGAUCCCUUACGGCUUUGCCUUCUGGUCCUGAACCAGGUUACUGACGGGUUCCUAAUCCAGAUCAUUUAUGGCUUAUAAUGCUAAACCGGAUCAUUCACAGGUUCUAGUCCUUAACAGGAUCACUAAUCUGGUUCUGGUUCUGAUCCUGAACCAGAUCAGUGAUGGGUUCUGCUCCUGUGUAUCACCAGCAUCCAUAAAAUCCCGUGACUGUCUACAGAUUUCCGAUGGUGCCGUUCCAGCUGUGUGAUUGAUUGUUUGGACUCGAUAGAAUGAUCAAUGGAUGUGAGUGAUCAAGUUGGUUAUCUCAGCUGUAAUAAUUGUAACUAUCCAGCAGAAGGUACCACACAACCGAACUUACAUAUUGUCAAUGAAAGAACUGACGUUUCCUGAAGAUUAAGAGUUGUUUGGAAAGUCUAGUUGGAAAAUAAAUCCUUGCUUUUACAAAAAA